CACCGCUAUCCCGCGAGAGAACUACUAUCUCACCGGUCAUCGACGUGUUCUUACGCAUUCACACAUAAUGCCGUUUUCUCGCUAUCGCUGACCUUGAAAUUAAGAUGAGAAAGUGUUGGUAUAGUGAAUCUAAGUGAUCCAUAGUGAAGCUGCGUGGUGUACACGGUGCGCACUAAUUAUAGUUGCUGAAGACGCGCUUCUCACGUGGAGACACUCGCCACGUGGCCGUCUCUAAAGUGAUCUCUAUUAUAUUAUUGAGUGAAAGAGAAAAUGGGAAUCUGGAAAUCAAAACCAGUCAAACAACCUAACGUAUCCUGCAAACGAUUAGAUGAGAAUGAAGAUGUGGAAUUGCAACUAUUGAGGAGAACCAUCGUGAAGGAUCCUGACACUUUUAUUUUAAACAAUCUCAUGAUGUGUGUCCAGUUCUUUGAGAAUUACGAGGAAGAUAUAAUUCAAAUUAAAGAAACUCUGGCAUCGUCCUCUGAAGCUGAACUAAAUAAAAUACUGCCAUCUCAAAAGCAUGUUUUAUUACCGGAUAUUCUUCAAGAAUAUAUCGCGCACAAUAUUAUCUUUACUUCGAACAGGCAGACUGGCGAGCCUAUUGUCGAACCAUUGCAACCCAUUCGUAUUUAUAUUGUACACAACAAUAUCGAAAUUACAGAACAGCAAUAUCAACCAGAGUACAGUAGCCUGAACAAUGGGAUUACGUAUAAUAUGAUGGUGCAAUCGAGUAAAAAUUCAGGGUACGUACGAUUACAACUUCUCGAUGAAAUGCCAUAUUUGAGGAAUCUUAGGAAAAAGGAAGAUAUUGAUGAAACAUACAACGAAAGCGAUGACGAGAGCAUUUACAGUCGAAAACGAAACGAUCGUAAUUCAAACAUGUAUUCUCGUCAGAUAAAGAAAAAAAGUUUUCAGACCAUUAAGAGUAGAUCUUUAUCCAAUUUACAUAACGAUGAAACGAUAUAUGAAGAUCAAAAUAUAUCAAGAUCACUCUCGCGUGAAAACAUUUGUAAUAGAACUUCAUCCAAUCACAUGAAAACCGAUAUAUCUUCGGAAAAAACGUGGGCGAUAUGCGAGGAGCUCAGGAAAGAAAGUGAACAACGACCUAGCUCUUCGAAAUCAGUAAAAUUAAAAGUCUUUAAACCACCGAGCAGCGUGAGUUCCGGCUAUGGUAGCGACUCGAGUUAUCACACUGAGACUCGUAGUACAAAGAUUAGUCGUAACAUAAAACAUAAUCAGAUGAGCGCGUCAAGCAAGAUAUAUCCAAACGCGAUGAUCCCGCCGCAAUGCUUCGAGGAAGUCAGGAUCAAUAGCAGAGGCACUAUUUACAGUGCGAAAAGGAGGCCAUUACAAAAUAGCAAGCAGAUUCUCCUCAGAAUGGCCGAGAAACAGUCUGAUUGCGAGGCCUUCUACAUUAAUAGUAAAAUGUUUAUGAGCUAUUUUGUCGAGCUCUUUGUAAAUCAGCUGGCCGAGCCGCUAGGUUUCAAACAAAACGAUCAAAAUUACGUGGAAAAUUCAAUUAUCCAUUGUAAUAAAAUGAUAAAAUCGCACAGCCUCAAAUUGCAUAGGAUCGAAUCUUACGAAAUCACGCCGACAAUAUGGCUGCAAUGGCCGGAAUCCGCUAUGGAAUGGUUAGAUCGACCGAGAAGCACGUGGCCUAAUUAUAACGAUAUUAGCAAGGUGAAGGAUUUUGGUUGUUAUGUGAUACCCGAGAAUUCUCUAAACAAGAAUGAUCCUUUGAGACAUGAAAAUGUCAAAAAGGACAUACAUCAAGAAAUCGAAUGGCAGCUGACAUUUCCAGCCGCGGAACGUUAUCUAGAGACUUGCAUGACCCGCUCUCAAGUACAAGUGUACUUGAUCGCGAUGAUGCUUCAUAAAACAUACUUAAGGCCAGUCCAGGACACUAUGCAUGGUCUGACGAUUUCUCAUAUCAGGAACAAGCUGUUCUGGUUGAUCGAGGAAGACGAUCGGCCCUCGCAGUGGCCUGACCAUAGGAUCGGUGAGUGUCUAAACAAGUUACUGAUGAGUCUUUAUCGCUGCGUCAGCCAAGACGAGCCAACCAUGCCUGACUAUUUCAUCCGUGACAAAAACAUGCUUAGCAAAGUGUCGCGCGAGCAUCUGUUGCGCAGCCAGAAACAAUUGAAAAGAAUAACUGAGAAUCCUAUUAUGUACGUGUUCCACGCAAUGGAGAACAUCAAGCAUAGUAAUAAAUUCUUCCCACGAUUGGACUUUGCGAAGUUAUUCAAGAUACUGACAGUUCAACCGUGGUUGGCCGUAGUUAGCCCGACCAUAAACAUAUCGAGAACGACCGAGGAGUAUCAUAGGGAAGAGAUUUUCAAUAGAUCUGGUGGAUUAUGGGACACCGCUCGAAAGAAGGAACAGCAAAAUUAUAGUACGCGAGUUGUUACGAAUAAAACGCUCAUCACCACACGCAAGGCCACAGACUUUAUCGUCGACAUCUCGGAACGCUGUGCCAAGUUGGAAGAUUUGAGGCUGGCUGCUCUGUUGGAUUUCUUUGUUAGACAUUUUAUAAAAAUGGCCGAUUGUUGUCAUAAGUAUAGGUCUUAUCAACAGAAAGUGGUUUAUCUCGAUCAAGCCGAUCGACUCUCGAUUAUCCUAUCGGAUCUGACCAGAUACAAGGACGACGCUAAGGCUUAUCGCGACAAGAUCCACGCUUUAAGAAUAAAAGCGGCGACAAAUUCAACGAGAUUACCGAAUGAGCCGCCAGAGACACCCAAAAGAAAUGUAGAGCCUAUAUUCGUCGGUAAUUUGAAAGAUCGUUUCAGGCUGGAUGAGCAACCGCAAUCUAGCCAUGAAUAUAUAGAGGAAUACACAGAUAAAUUCACUUGUGAAGUACGAUUUAAAGAUGAGGAAAACGUGGAAAAAAAUAUACAAACUGCGAAUGCUACAACGAGCAAAGAAGGUUCUUAUACGUUGAGAAAGCCUGUAUCGAAGAAUCAAAGUGACGACGAGUCGACCUCAGAUACAAUUCAAAGAGUAGUCUCUCUAACAGACCAUUUAAGCGAAACAACAUAUAUAUGAUAUAUGUAUUUAUUAAAAUUAGGUCUUAUCUCUAUGAUCUACUGAAAGGACAAACGUUAGUAUUCAAUGUUUAAGGCGGGUCCCCUGAUUAAAAUAAUAUUCAUUAUUAUAUUUCGAGAGCGAUCGAUAAUCAAUUUAGUAAGUAAUCGAGGAAGACUGAGCGUAUAGCCUUGCAAACUGUUGAUAUUCGAUCAUUGUGUUAUGUGCAAGAGCGAACAGAGUGAUAACUAAUAAUUAAAAUAUAAUUUAUAAAAAUAUCUAAUUACUGCGACACAGUUAGGUUUGAGUCGCUUUUGUAAAAUAAUAUUGUUAUUAUAAUAUGGAAUAUAAUUUGUAAAGUAGAUUGUGUGUGUGUGGGUUACUAGAUUAGAUAUUUCAAACAAAUUUUUUAAUCAAAAAUAUUCUAAUUUAAAAAAAAAAAUCGUUUUAUAUCUCAUAAUACAUAAUCUUUCAUUUUUUCAAAGCACCAUUAUCAAUUUUUAUAUUUUUCAUUAUAGUUAAUCUCAUUAAUAUUUUAUGAUAAAUGUGCUUUAUUAAAAGAGUAAAUUUAUUAUAUCAUAUUUCACUAUUUUAU